UUUCCACACUGAAGGUGCACAGACCCUCUCAACCUUCCACCUCCAGUGGGCCCUCUUUAUCUGUUCUACUAUUCAUUUCCUGCCUGCUUUCCUUUAUCAGAAUCAUCAUGUCUCAGGAUCAGAAGAUUAGGCUCCACACUUGUGAGAAGGUGGGUUUGUUGGAGGAGUUCCUGCUCUACAAGUUCAAAAUCAAACAGCCUAUUUUGAGGGAAGAUAUGCUGAAGAUUGUCAGCCCAAAAUACCAAAACCAGUUUGCUGAGAUUCUCAGAAAACUUUCUGAGCACAUUGAGGGUGUCUUUGCAGUUGAUUUGAAGAAGGUCAACCCAGCUCGUCACUUACAUGACCUUGUCAGCAAGCUGAAACUCCCCAACAAUGGGAGGAUUCAUGCUGGCAAAGGGUUACCCAAGACUGGUCUCCUGAUGACUCUCCUGAGUGUGAUCUUCCUGAAAGGCAACGGUGCCAAUGAGGAAGAUAUCUGGCAAUUUCUGAAUAUGAUGCAGAUAUGUGUUGGGAAGAAGUACUACCUCUAUGGAGAGCCCAGGAAGCUCAUCACUCAGGAUUUUGUGAAGCUAAAGUGCCUGGAGUACUGCCAGGUGCCCAGCAGUUAUCCUGCACACUAUAAAUUCCUGUAGGUUACAAGAGCCUACAGUGAAACCAGCAAGAUGAAAGUCUUGGAAUAUUUGGCCAAGGUCAGUAAUAUUGCUCCAGGUACUUUCUCUUCACGAUAUGAAGAGACUUUGAUGGAUGAGGAAGAAAGCCCAAGCCAGAAUUGCAGCCAAGACUGGCACUACUGCAGUGGCCAAGACUGUUUCGAGGCCAAGUUCAACAGCUUCUCCCAACCCUACUGAAGUCUGAAGUUUUUUCAUCCAGUCAAGCAAAUAUAACAUCACCAAAAGGGAUUGUUUUUAGAUAUACAAAAGAACCUCCAGUAAAAUAAUUGAGAUGAUGAAAUAGAAAAAAAGUGAUAAAACAUGAUCAAUCUUGGUUUUCCUCAUUCCUUUCAGUCUUUUGUUUUGUAAAAUUAAAUGAUUGAUACCUUGAUAUGUUUAGCUUGUUAAAAAUGUAGGAGAAAUUAAAUCUUUAUAAGUUAGAUCUCUUGCUCACUGUGUCUCACAUUCCCUAAACAUCAUUUGAGUAUCUGGUCUUUGGAAGUUUCUGUGACAGUACUGGAGCUGCUCAGAUAAAGACCCAGCUUCUGCCCAUAGAAUCGUUGAGGCUAAAAGCUGCAGUCAUAUAAAGUCAAUGUUGAGCCAUCCUCUAUGACUUACAGGAAAGUAGUAAGGAUUAGUGAGAAGGGGACAUUCCAGUUGAGAGCAGUAAAGCAUAAGUUUCAUGAAGCAAGGCAGUUUGAGUUUGGGAAAACUGAAAGCCAAACAAUGUGUUGAAACUUUUAAAAUUAGCUGCAUUGGGGUGCUAGAUGAGGCUAUGAAACUGGUAAGCAGAGGUCAGAACCCUCAGGUGAUGUGUCUCAAAGUUGAGAGAGAAAACCCUUUAAUGGAAAACUACAUUGUAUUAUAAAGCCCCAAAUCAAGACCUAAUACUAUAUACUGCCUUAGAUUUUUCAAAUGGCCUAACCGGAAAUUCCUCUCUACACUAUGCACUUGCAGAUUAGGUCCCUUAGUCAAACAAUCAUCUUUUUUAACAGAACCAGGCACAGGUCUUGUUUUCUUUCCCUGGUAGCCUUCAAAAUUAUUCAUACAAGCCAAUCACAUCUUCCCAUGCGAACUGGAGGUCACCUUUCCCUCUUGUCUACAAAUCCUGCCUCCCAGAGACCUUAUUCAUUCACUCUGUUCCUGAGUGCAACCCUUGUGUGACCCUGUAUGGUAUGUGGUGUACUGCUACCCUGCCCUGUGAAUAUAUGUGAUUAAUAAACUGCUGUUGACCUCAUCCGUACAGCGCCCAGUAUUGUGUGUUUGAAUACUACAUAACCAUAAUGUGGAAAAUCCUUCCUCACCAAUAAAUAGGAAUGCUCUUAUGAAUUCCCUUGGGAUCAUAGAUAAUCUAGAAAGAAAUCUUUAGAUCUGGACUAGCGGCUUACACAACAAAAGUUUAUUUUCUCACA